AUGGACCGAAUGGCCCGGUUAAUCGGGCUGAGUCGUGUUCGUGCCGACGUCCGGAUCAAGAUCCCGGGCCAGGUCAACCCGGGACCCUCCUCAGCCCCGAACCCUAGGUUUACCAAUUUCGUCCCCGUCGGCAUCAAUGGUCCUCCCAGUUCUAGUAAGCUCCCAAAUACCAGAAAAAGAACAGGUGAAAUUGAGAAUAAAGAUUCCGGUGGGGAGUCGGGCAUGGGCGAGCUAGCUGCCGCCAUUCACACGCUGGGCGAAGGGUUUAUGAGAAUAGAGAAGGUGAAGAUGGACAUGGCCCGACAGGUGGAGGAGAUGAGGAUGGAGAUGGAGAUGAAAAGGACCGAGAUGAUACUUGAGUCGGAGCAGAGGAUUCUCGAGGCCUUUGCUAAGGCCAUAGCCGAGAGGGGCUCGAAAAGGGCGAAAAAUAAUUCGCCUGAGAACUAA